AUGUUCGCCUCCUCUUGCGUCUCGAAGAAGGACAUAGGGGCUCGACAGCUCAAUGAGAAGUCGGAAGGGAAAUUGGUUGAGCGACUGAAGCAUAGCAUGUGGGAUCUGUGCAAGUGGGGGAGGGAGACCUUCCCGGGCUCUCAGCCAAUCAGCUUCGGCCGUCGGAAUCUACGAGAUGUUACGCAACGGCCGUAUGUAAUUGGUGAGAAGUCUGACGGUGAGCGUCAUAUGCUAAUAACCGACAACCAGUCCCAAGGGGUGUAUUUGGUCGAUCGGCGCUUCAACUUCUACCGAAUCCAACUGCACUUGCCUAAUAAGGACCACACUGGUAUGAUCAACACGACGCUUCUCGAUGGUGAAGUAGUUGAGGAUGGUCACGAUACCGAGGAGAAGACCGUGAGGUUUUUAGUCUACGAUGCUGUAGCCGUCGAUGGGCAAUGCGUUCGGGACUUCAAUUUAAUGCGCCGACUACAAGCAUUCCUAGAAGGAGUACUCAUGCCUAGACGACAGCUCUCACCGGAGAAGAGAGCCAAUGAUGCAUUCCAAGUGUACUUGAAAGAUUUCUUCGAGGUAACCGACUGCGAUACUGUGAUGAACUUCGGCAAGCGAUUGCCUCAUGAGUGCGAUGGGUUGAUAUUCACUCCAGUGAUGCCGCCCUAUAUCGCUGGGACGUGUCGGCAACUUUUAAAGUGGAAACCAGCUCAUAUGAACACCGCAGAUUUCGCUGUCGAACUUGUGAUGGGCGAUUCAAUGCAAGAGUUUCAUGUAAAGCUCUUAGCAGCGAGUGAAGGGGUUCAAGUUUUCCAAGGGAUCUGGUUGUCCCGCAGUGGUCCUCACUGGCAAUGGCUGACCGAAAACACACGGCAAGUGAACGGAGCGAUAAUCGAGUGCAAUUGGGAUCCUAACACUUACACAUUUGUUCCAUCUGACGCUAUGCACUACGUUGAAACUGGCGACUGGGUACCAGGCGGAUGGCAGUUCCAACGGAUACGAACGGACAGGACAUCUCCCAAUGACGAGAGGGUCGUUGGUCGCGUUAAGAAAUCUAUUGCGGACUCGGUCACUUUCGAGGAGCUCAGCGAUUACAUUCAUAAGAACGCCCGAACACAGAAAGUUUGCGAGAUGUGUAAAAUGCCGAGUUGGUGGAGCAAGAGUAGUGACAGUUGUGACAGAGAAGACGAUGAUGACGCGAAGCGGCAAAAGCAGAAAUAA